AUGGGAGUCCAAAGUGUCUCAGAUGCCACGGUGUGCAAAGUGUUCCCUUCAACGUUGAGUGAUGCCGCGCAGAAAUGGUACCAGAACCUCAAGGAGGGCUCUAUUACUAGCUUCAGGGAGCUCGCUAUGGCCUUUAAAACUCACUUCGCUCCGAGCAUCGAACGAAAGAAAAGAUCCAGUGAUUUGAAGAAAUGUUUUCAAAAGCAGGGAGAAAGUUUGAAAGCUUAUAUUGCUCGGUUCAAUGCUGAGGCAAUCAUGAUAGAAGAUUUGAACGAUGAUACUGCCAUUGAUGCUAUGAAAGACAACACCAGCAUGGCUUGGAAUUAUAUCAACCUUGAUGAGGAGAGGCAGAGGAAAGUAUACGGGAAGGCUAGCCCGGUUCCCAGUAAACCGCAGAGCACUCAGGGAUCUAACCGCAGUCAAGAUCGGUACCGACCUCUGAACGAGACUUCGGGGUACAGGGGUAACAAUUCGUUUAAUGCUCAACCCAGUCCGCCGAGUUUCAGCAUUGGGGGAGGAACGGAAGGAUACGUGGACCGAGCAGGGGUACCCAGACAAUAUGUACCGCUUAACACUCCGAGGGAGCAGAUUUUAUCUUGGAUCAAGCACAAUAAUGAGGAGAUUUGUUAUCCCCCGAGGCUGGUGAAGGACGGAGACCGGUCCAAGUUCUGCGAAUUCCAUGAUGGCUAUGGCCAUGAAACAGAAGAAUGUGGGCGUUUGCGGAGUGAGAUAGACAAGCUGGUUUGCCAGGGACGAUUACAACACUUCGUGGUGGCCAAGGAGGGCCAAGACCGAGGAAAUACAAGGGUCAACUCGGUCAGGUCGGAGCCAGGGGGAGCAGGGAAGCCCAAUCCCCAUCAAAGAAAACACAAGUCACAAGGGUGA